GCUCCGGGAGGGAGGAGAAACACAGAGGAGGGGAAUGGAGCAGGAGCGAGUGGGUUCUGCAGGGCCAACACUUUAGACUUCCAUUCUUUUUAUUUCUGUUUGCACACAGAAACCCGCAGGGAGACGCGCGGCUUUACGGACCAAGACGGGAGGCAGCUGCAUGGCUUGACUGUAAUCAGUGGCUGAGUUAGGCAACAAUCACUGCUCACCAAGGACAAUGGAGGAGCCUUCUUAGAAAAAAAUCAGGCAGUCCAUCCAAUCUCAAUAUUGUUAUGAUGGAGGGAUAACAGACGGAGGAAGAGGAAGAGAUGUCGUUCUUUGGUUUGGAUUGUUUCACAGAGCCUGAGAGGGCUGAGCUGGAGAGGAAGCUCAGAGCCAAUGACCGGGAGUACAACCGCUCCUUCAAAUAUGCAACAAAUGCAAUCAAGACCUCCAAGUACAAUUUGUUCACCUUUCUUCCACUCAACCUGUUUGAACAGUUCCAGAGGAUUGCUAAUGCCUACUUUCUUGUUCUGUUGGUGCUUCAGCUGAUUCCCCAGAUCUCCUCCCUAUCCUGGUUCACCACCGUCGUGCCUCUUGUCCUCGUGCUGUCAGUCACCGCCGCUAAGGAUGCAACUGACGAUAUAAAUCGCCACAGGAGUGACAAGCGAGUAAAUAACCGAAAAGUUCAAGUACUCAUUGAUAGAAAGCUACGCAGUGAAAAAUGGAUGGAUGUCCAAGUAGGAGACAUUAUCAAGCUAGAAAACAACCAGUUUGUGACUGCGGACCUCUUGCUGCUCUCCAGCAGCGAACCUCUAAACCUUGUGUACAUAGAGACGGCAGAAUUGGACGGAGAGACUAACCUGAAGGUCAAGCAGGCCCUUCCAGUAACAGGCAACCUGGGAGAUGAUAUUGAAAAACUGGCAGACUUUAAUGGUGAGGUUCGCUGUGAACCUCCCAACAACCGCCUCGACCGCUUUUCGGGAACACUAACAUUCGCCGGUCAGAAAUAUCCGCUUGACAACGAGAAGAUUCUGCUGCGCGGCUGCACGCUGAGGAACACUGAUUGGUGCUUCGGGCUGGUGCUGUUUGGAGGUCAAGAGACGAAGCUGAUGCAAAACUGUGGGAAGACCACCUUUAAGAGGACCAGUAUAGACCGUCUGAUGAACGUUCUGGUUCUCUGUAUUUUUGGUUUUCUCGUAUUCAUGUGCACGAUCCUGGCGAUCGGAAACUACAUCUGGGAGAAAAAUAACGGCUCAAACUUCACCGUCUUCCUGCCGAGAGAAGAUGGCAACAGCGAAGCUUUCUCUGCCUUUCUCACCUUCUGGUCCUACAUCAUCAUCCUCAACACUGUGGUGCCCAUCUCGCUUUAUGUUAGUGUUGAGAUUAUCCGGCUUGGGAACAGCUUCUACAUCGACUGGGACAGAAAGAUGUAUCAUUCCAGCAGCGACACGCCUGCCGAGGCUCGCACCACCACGCUGAACGAGGAGCUCGGUCAAAUCAAGUACAUCUUCAGCGACAAGACCGGAACGCUAACCCAGAACAUCAUGAUCUUCAACAAAUGCUCCAUCAAUGGGAAGUCCUACGGAGAUGCAUAUGACUACACAAGUCAGAGACUUGACAAUUCUGAGCAUAAAGACCCGGUGGAUUUCUCCUUCAACCCUCUGGCUGACCCCCGCUUCGUGUUCUAUGACCACUCUCUGGUGGAGGCCGUGAAGCUGGACAACCCUGAGGUCCACACAUUCUUCAGACUGCUGGCGCUCUGCCACACCGUCAUGGCAGAGGAGAAGCAAGAAGGGGAGCUUUUCUAUCAGGCCCAGUCUCCAGAUGAAGGAGCGCUGGUGACUGCAGCCAGAAACUUUGGAUUUGUCUUCCGCUCACGUACACCUGAGAGCAUUUCCAUCAUGGAAAUGGGAAAUCAGCGCAACUAUGAACUCCUGGCGAUCCUGGACUUUAACAAUGUUCGCAAGAGGAUGUCUGUGAUUGUUCGCAGUCCAGAGGGGAAGCUGUCCCUCUACUGUAAGGGAGCGGACACGAUCAUCUACGAGAGGCUGGACCAGUCCUGCAGCAAGUUGAUGGACGUCACAACAGAGCACCUCAAUGAAUUUGCAGGGGAGGGACUGCGGACGCUCGCUCUUGCCUACAAAGAUUUGGACGAGGGCUACUUCAGCCAGUGGAAGCAGCGGCACCAUGAGGCGAGCACCUCACUGGAAGACAAGGACACCAAACUGGACGAGCUGUACGAGGAGAUAGAGAAGGACCUCCUGCUGCUGGGAGCAACAGCCAUUGAAGACAAGUUACAGGAUGGAGUACCUCAGACCAUUGAGCAGCUGGCUAAAGCCGACAUCAAAAUCUGGGUCCUCACUGGCGACAAGCAGGAAACGGCAGAAAACAUCGGCUACUCGUGCAACCUGUUGCAGGAGGAGAUGAACGACAUCUUCAUCGUGUCGGGCCACUCACCCGAGGAGGUUAGACUGGAGCUGAGAAAUGCACAGAACACCAUGAAACCUCAAAGAGAAGCAAAUUCUCUGCUUUCACCAGAAGCGAUGGGUAAAAGUGGGAAUCUGGUCGAAGAGGAGAUGGCUGAUGGAGAGUAUGGACUGGUUAUCAAUGGACACAGUCUGGCGUACGCCUUGGAGAGCAGCAUGGAGCUGGAGUUCCUCCGGACGGCGUGUUUGUGUAAAGCGGUGAUCUGCUGCAGGGUGACGCCCCUGCAGAAGGCCCAGGUGGUCGAGCUGGUCAAGAAGUACAAGAAGGCGGUCACGCUGGCUAUUGGCGACGGAGCCAAUGAUGUCAGCAUGAUCAAAGCCGCUCAUAUCGGUGUGGGCAUCUCAGGACAGGAGGGGAUGCAAGCUGUGCUUUCCAGCGACUACUCCUUCGCCCAGUUCCGCUUCCUGCAGCGCCUCCUGCUGGUGCACGGACGCUGGUCCUACCUGCGGAUGUGCAAAUUCCUGCGGUACUUUUUCUACAAGAACUUUACCUUCACCUUUGUUCACUUCUGGUUCGCCUUCUUCUGCGGCUUCUCAGCACAGACGGUGUACGAUGAGUGGUUCAUUACGCUCUACAACCUGAUGUACACAGCACUGCCUGUCCUGGGUAUGAGCCUGUUUGAUCAGGAUGUUAACGACGUGUGGAGUUUCCAGCAUCCUCAGCUCUACAUUCCUGGUCAACUGAACCUGUACUUCAGUAAGAAGGCCUUCUUCAAAUGUGCGAUUCACAGCUGCUACAGCUCUCUGGUGCUCUUCUUCAUCCCCUACGCUGCUCUGCACGACACGUUGAGGGAGGACGGGAAGGACGCGGCCGACUACCAGUCCUUCGCCCUCCUCACGCAGACCUGCCUGCUGUUUGCAGUGAGCAUACAGUUGGGGUUGGAGAUGUCGUAUUGGACGGCUGUGAACACCUUCUUUGUUUUGGGCAGUCUGGCCAUGUACUUCGUCGUCACCUUCACUAUGUACAGUAACGGCAUGUUCCUCAUCCUGCCGGCAGCUUUUCCUUUUAUAGGAACGGCUCGAAACUCUUUGAAUCAGCCCAACGUUUGGCUGACAAUCAUCCUCACCUCCAUCCUGUGCGUCCUUCCCGUGGUUACCUACCGUUUCCUGUUGAUUCAGCUCUGCCCCACCAUCAAUGACAAGGUGAUGUACAAGGUGAGACAGGCCAGAGCAACGCCUCCUCCUCCUCCCCGGCGCACCCGAAUCCGCCGCACCAGCUCCAGACGCUCAGGAUACGCCUUCUCGCACACGCAGGGCUAUGGGGACCUGGUGACAUCAGGUCGGUUCCUAAGAUGUCCCGCCGUUGUGUCUUGGUCCCCGGGUUUCCCCCCGGUUGGGCGAGCCACCUCAGGCUUCAGCCCUAUGGGACGGUCAGCAGGUUACAGCCCCACUGGGCGCCCCCAGAGCUCCAAGGUGCCAGAUGUGGAGGCGACUUCGCUGCAGAUGUACAGGGCAAUCAAAGAUCCCCCUUUGUGAUGGGGGCAGAGAGUGACGCAAACUGGGGGAGAUUUUGGAGGCAAGCAGGAGCGACGUUACGUUACAGGAACGCCAGCAGAAUGCGUCACCACUUCUGAGAGGUAAAUGGUUUUAGGUUAACCUAAAGGAACCAGCAGGAGCUUCUUGAUAACAGACUCAAAAACACAGGAACUGGCUUCCAGGCAUCAACUGGCAGAGGAUCAGAAGUGAUUGGGAAAGUGUCAUCGUGUUUACAGACUGCCCAGACCUUUUUAAUCCUGGGAGUCCGAAAGCAAAGCAGAGCUUUGUGAAGAGGAAACAACAAUCAAGGCACACAGCUUUCAGUACUUGACUCUUUUCUGCUUUGGUUCUUUGGUUUGCAAAGCUACGAUACCACCAUCCAGUUCAGCUGCAGUGAAAACAGCUGCGUGUGAUGAACAUCAACAAUACUAUACUCCUGCUUUUUCAUUAUAACAACGAUGGCUCUACUUUGGUCCAUCUGAAAAAUAUUUAGAGAUCAAAGAUAGUGUUUGUUUUUAAUUAUGAUCACUUUAAAAUUUAUUUUGAAAACAUCACUAGUUCCCAACAGUUUCCAACGUUUCCUACUGUCAAUGUUUAUAACAUGUGGGAAGCUAAGCAGGGGCUCCAGAAAACAACUGUUAGAACUCUAGCAUUUCUUUACACCUUUGUCAGACAUCUUUUACAUCUUGAUAGUUUUUAAAUAUGAGGACAUACUAAAGGUUUAUCUGUUCUAACUUGAAUUUUGCAAAAACACUCAGAUUCUUUAUCAUCAUUUGCUAAAUAAGAAAUGGAGCCAUUAUGGAAAAGAUAAAAGGAAAGCUGUGUGAUAAAACUAAGUAAACCCUGCAGCCUUACAUUUGAUUAAAAGAAAUGGGUGUGUAUCAAUAUGAUGCCAAGGAGGAAAGACAUCAUAAAAUGUUUGUUUCCCAUCUAUAAUCUAAGGAGCAUUUCAAAUCCCUUUUUCAGCUGUUAAAUUUAACGAUAGGAUGAUUAGAAAAGGACUUAAUAUGGAUGGCUUGUUUUAAAGGGUUGCCUGGAGAAAGGACCCUUCCAAAAAAUAUGGCUGCAUGAUUGAAGUUUGCAAAGUUGCUGCUGACUGAACAAAAAUAAGUAGAGAUGUUUGCUUUAAAGGCAGGCUGCCAUGCUCAGAGGAUGCCACACAGCAUGUUAGCAGAGAAACCUCAAACCAGCUGUCAAGCACGGUGGUCGACGUGUGAUUAUUGGGGCUUUUUUUGCAGUGUAAGAUGUAAAGUCAUCUUAGACUGCAAAGAAAUUGUGAGGUGCUCUCUUAACCAACAACAAUCUAAAACUCUGCUUUAAACCUGUAGCUUCAAUCCAUCU